CGUCUUUCCUUGAGGAGAGGUCCAAGCCCUGGUGCCAUGGCUGGUGAUAAGCAGGAGCUUAAGAGAAGCAUCUCCAUCAUUCCCUGCUUUGUGUUUGUGGAGCUGGUGAUUAUGGCGGGCACUGUAGUGCUGGCGUACCACUUUGAAUACACCAACACUUUCCCGGUGCACCUCCAAGGCUUCUUCUGCUAUGACAGUGCCUACGCAAAGCCCUACCCUGGCCCUGAAGACACAAGCCGGGCGCCUCCGGUCCUCGUCUACUCUCUCGUCACUGCUGUGCCCACCGUAAUGAUUCUUGUUGGGGAACUGGCUGCCUUCUUCCUCCAGCCUGAGAGACGCGAGGAGAAGACAAUCGUCUCAGGAGAGUGUUGCUAUUUCAACCCCCUUCUACGGCGCAUCAUCCGUUUCCUGGGCAUUUAUUCGUUUGGCCUCUUCACUACCACUAUCUUUGCCAACGCUGGCCAGGUGGUGACCGGCAACCAGACUCCACACUUCCUGUCGGUGUGUCGACCCAACUACACUGCCCUCGGCUGCCAGCUGCCACCAGGCACCUUCUACGUCACGGACAAGGCCGCCUGCACGGGCAACCCCGUCCUGGUCACUGCCGCCCGCAAGGCCUUCCCCUCCAAGGAUGCUGCUCUCAGCGCUUACGCUGUGGCGUAUACUGUGAUGUACGUGACCCUGGUCUUCCAGCUGAAGGGCUCUCGCCUGGCCAAGCCUUCCCUGUGCCUGGCUCUGUUGUGCCCUGCUUUCCUGGUGGGUGUGGUUCGCGUUGCGGAGUAUCGGAACCACUGGUCCGAUGUGCUGGCGGGGUUCCUCACCGGUGGGGCCAUUGCUGCCUUCCUGGUGACUUGCGUGGUCAACAAUUUCCAGAGCAGCCCGCCUACGGCCAAGAAAACAACCCCAACUGAAAGCAGCUUGCCCAGUGUCCCUGUCAUAGGCUUGCCCUGUGUGGACAGUUCCCUUGAAAAGUUGAGUGUGGCUCAGCAGGUGAGGGACCCCCCAGAAGAACAGGAGUUUUCUACACUACUCUCAAGAGGCCUGGAAAGGCAGCUAGCGCGAUCUCUCCGCUUGGCGCCACCUGGAAAUGCACCAAUGGCCCGCCCCUACGAAAUCACGGAGUUGUGUUCUCAGAGGUCACCUGAUCCUCAGCUGUGUCUUUUCCCCACCACCCCAGAUGUCCUCAUUCCCUCCCGGUCAGUCACAAGCGAGGUCUGACCUAUGGAGGCACUCCUGGUCUCCUUACUGUGGGACUGGGCCUUUUUUUUUCCAGGGGGGAUGGGGCGUCUAACUUCUCACACUCUCAAUUUCCCAACCUCCUCCUUGGCCUUUCCUGGGACCAGGUCCGUUGAUUGUCAUGACAUCCUUCAGAUUAUCUGAUGCGAGUCUGCAACAUAGCUUGGGGGCAGGGAGUGUAAGAAUGAAACCUUGUACGUUUUCCAGGGAGUCUGGGGCUGUUCGCAGGGGCUCGAUCCUGCUGCUAGUUGUGUGUCUUCUGGGAGACUGAAUCUCCUGGGACUUUAAGAGUUAAGACUCCUCACCACUUCCUUCUUGCUGUGGCCUUUUGUGCCUCUUUAAGGAAACUGGGAUGCACACUGACCGACUUGGCACGCCCAUCCUUUCCACAGCUGCUUUUUUUUUCUCUUUUGGAAUGGGUUUAAGUGCUGCUUCCAAGAAGUCGCUUUGUCUACAUGGAAUGACAUCCCAUACCCUUUGAGCCCAAAGGAAGCAGGUUCUCAGUUAUAUUCAACCAGGAAUGAGCUGUGUGGUUUUGUCCAAAGACAAGGCCAAUGGCCAAUGUCUGAGGAUUUGGUUGGGGAACAAAGGAACAGAAACCCAGGCAGGGAGGACAGAAUGACUAAUCCCAGGGGCUACUAUAGCAUUGUUUGGGAGGCUAUUGAGCUCCAGAGCUGGGAGCAGGGAUAGUAAAUGUGUUUCCUUCUAGCGUUCGGCAAAGCAGACUAGAGGGAGGCAUUUAUGGAACACCAACUUAGCGACUUACAGGCUGGCACCAGUCGGUCCACCAGAAAAGACAACGGCCUCACUUUGCCAAUCACUUAACAAGUGCUGCUUGCAUACCAGCCUCUGUACACCCCAGGGAAGGGGAGGAAAAUGGGGAAUGGUAGGUUGGAAGCCUUUCAGGAAGGUGUCUGUGGUGGGCUCUGUUUCUAUAUACAGCAGCUGAUCUUGGCACCUUUUGGUGGACUCCAAAACCGGUGGUCAUUUUAAUAAAGAGCAGUUGUGUCAGGACACAUCUCAAUCGGCAGAGAAGGACCUCUGCUGUCUGAGACCUUGGAAAAACCAUUGCUGGUCAAAAUAGACACGAUUCCGGUCUGGGCAAACCAAUGGCCUGAAACAUAUAGCCUCCACAUGCUCCUAGAACCCUUACCUAGAACCCCAGGUUAUGUGGCAUUCUGCAAAUGGUCCAAGUAAAAUAAAAAAAUUCCUUCAGUAGCACCUUAAAGACCAACUAAGUUUUUAUUUUGGUAUGAGCUUUCGUGUGCAUGCACACUUCUUCAGAUACAGUGAAAAGUGUAUGCAAAUGGUCCAGAUUGCUUUCUGCUGUGGUUCAAAUGGAGCCUUUCCUAGUGUGGACUAGGACCAGCUGCUGUGCUCUAGAAAGGGCUCCUGGAGCUCUGUGUUAGCAUGACUCUAAGCAUAUAGAGUCCCUUGAGCCCUGGACCUUCAGUGGCCCAUUAGACCAGUUCCCUGUAGUCACAUCCCCCAUUGGGCUUGGAGCCGUUUGCAUGUGGGUAUUCUAGGGUGACUUAGGGCAGACCCUCCAAACCCUGUUGUCUCUUAGGGGCAUGCUCUCACCACCGAUACAAGAGUUUAAGCAACUUCUCCAAAUUCCCAUUCCCACCGUGGUCAAAGCCAGGUCACGAAUAACAUUAGCUUACAUGCAUGACAUAGAUAGCUUCAUUGUCCCCGCCACACCUCUUUGGCUCGCCAGCAGCAACCCCGCUCUUCCAGAUAUUUCAGUUGCAAGCAUAUUGGAAGACAGCGCCAUCCUCACAACAUCCUGCCUGCCCACUGUGGGUAACCCCCCCCCCCAGCUUCUAGGAAGAAGCACUGCCCCCGUGCCUCUCCUCCCAUACAUUUGAGAGACCCCCCAACUCCCAUCCAAGCCAGCACCCCGGACUAGUGCCGACAACCGCUGCUUUGCCAAUGCAGCAUAACCACUGGGCAUCUUUUGGAUACAUCCUGGGGGCGGAGGGAUGCUUCAGAGAGCAUCAGAGGGUCUGGGCUGCUGCAACUAUGCUUGGAGCAAUGGAACACCCACAUGU